AUGAUCCUUCUUAAUGGUGAAAAAGUUAAGAGAAAUUACUUAGUGUACUCUGAAAGUACUGGGUCAGUAUUCUGUGCUCCGUGUAAAUUCUUUGGUUCGACAUCUGUGUUUUCAACUGUAGGGUUUUCUGAUUGGAAACAUGCAGAGAAAAGAAUUACUUCACAUGAAAAUUCUCAAACUCACAAAACUAAUGUCUUAACUAUGAAAGAUAGAGGAAAAGUAGUUCAAAGAAUUGAUAUGGUUCCUGUAGUUAAGACACUGUCCUCUAGAGGAUUAGCAUUUAGAGGCAAAACUGAUAAAUUUGGUUGUAAUCAAAAUGGUAAUUUGUUAAUGUCCUUGGAGCUAAUUGCUUUAUUUGACCCAUUUCUAGCUACACAUAUAGAACAAUUUGGCAACAAAGGAAAAGGCUUUACAUCCUAUUUAUCAUUUAAUAUAUUUGAUCAGCUCAUAACUAUAAUGGCUGAUCAGCUAUCAUUUGUGGUGUGGUAUGUUAAAGAUAACGGAACACCUAUUGAACGGUUUAUGUGCUUUUUGCCUAAUAGUGGACAUAAAUCUGAAGAACUUACUGAUGAAGUUAUGACUACAUUAUCUCUUUAUGAUCUUGAUCCAGCAUUUUUAUGUGCACAAUCUUAUGAUAAUGCAAGUAAUAUGGCUGGUGCAUAUAGUGGCUUACAAGCCAGAAUUAAAGGAAUAAAUCCAUUAGCCCAUUUUGUUCCCUGUGCUGCUCAUUCCUUGAAUUUAGUUGGGACAUGUGCAGCCACUUCCACACGUAGAUGGUCUAAAUUAGAAGGAACCGUAAAAUGUCUUUCAGCAACCCGUUGGUCAGUCCGUGAUGAUGCUUGUCACUCCUUAUCAAAAAAUUGGAAUAAUAUAGUACAUGCAUUACAUAAAAUUUCAAAUAAUAGAAAUGAAAAGCCUUCAACAAAAUGUGAAGCUGUUGGCUUACUUAAGAAACUCAAGCGCCUUGAAACAGUAUUUAUGAUAAACAUUUUGGAUCGUUUACAUGAAAUUACUCCAGAAAAAGUAAGAGAAGAUGCUGAAGUAUUGCAGAAAACUUACCCAAAUGAUUUAGCAACAUGUUUUGUAAAUGAGUGUGUACAAUUUCAAGGCCAUAUGAAAAACAUUGAAGUUAAGCUUACAACAAUACAGAUGUUACAAGCGUUCUUUUUCCACACUAAAAAGAAUAAAAAACUAAGGUCUAAAAUGGCACAAGACCGCUGCUCGGCUUUAGUUGUAUUAGCAAUUGAAGCUGAAAUACCACUUCAUUAG